AUGGCAUCCCAGAGCGUUUUGAUGCUCGGCGCGGGCUUCGUGACCCGGCCGACGCUUGACAUCCUCAGCGAUGCCGGAAUCCCCGUUACCGUUGCCUGCAGAACCCUCGAGUCCGCCAAGAAGCUGUCCGAGGGCGUCAAGCACGCCACCCCCAUCUCUCUCGAUGUCAACGACGACAAGGCCCUCGACGCCGAGGUGGCCAAGCAUGACCUCGUCAUCAGCUUGAUCCCCUACACCUUCCACGCGACCGUCAUCAAGUCGGCCAUCCGCCAGAAGAAGCACGUCGUCACCACCAGCUAUGUCUCGCCCGCCAUGAUGGAGCUGGACCAGGCCGCCAAGGAUGCCGGCAUCACCGUCAUGAACGAGAUCGGACUGGACCCCGGUAUCGACCACCUGUACGCCGUCAAGACCAUUGAGGAGGUCCACCGUGAGGGCGGCAAGAUCCUCUCCUUCCUCUCCUACUGCGGCGGUCUCCCCGCCCCCGAGGCCUCAGACAACCCGCUCGGCUACAAGUUCUCGUGGUCCUCCCGCGGUGUGCUGCUCGCCCUCCGCAACGCGGCUAAGUACUACAAGGACGGCCAGGUCGUCGACGUCUCCUCCAAGGACCUCAUGGCCACCGCCAAGCCCUACUUCAUCUACCCGGGCUACGCCUUCGUCGCCUACCCCAACCGCGACUCUACCCCCUACAAGGAGCGCUACAACAUCCCCGAGGCCCAGACCAUUGUCCGCGGUACCCUUCGCUACCAGGGCUUCCCCCAGUUUAUCAAGGUCCUCGUCGACAUUGGCUUCCUCGAGGACGCCGCCCAGGAGACGCUCGCCAGCCCCAUUGCGUGGAAGGACGCCACCAAGGCCGUCGUCGGCGCCGCCUCGAGCAGCGAGAGCGACCUCGAGGCCGCCAUCGUCGCAAAGGCCCACUUUGAGUCCCCCGAGGACAAGCAGCGCAUCCUCAGCGGCCUGCGGUGGAUCGGCGUCUUCUCGGACGAGAAGAUUACGCCCCGCGGCAACCCGCUCGACACGCUCUGCGCGACGCUGGAGAAGAAGAUGCAGUUCGAGGAGGGCGAGCGCGACAUGGUGAUGCUGCAGCACAAGUUUGAGAUUGAGCACAAGGACGGCUCGCGCGAGACGCGGACGUCGACGCUCGCCGAGUACGGCGAGCCCAAGGGCUACUCGGCCAUGGCCAAGCUCGUCGGCGUGCCCUGCGGUGUCGCCGUCCAGCAGGUGCUCAACGGCACCAUUGCCGAGCGCGGCGUCCUGGCACCCAUGAACUCCAAGAUCAACGACCCCAUCAUGAAGGAGCUCAAGGACAAGUACGGCAUCUACCUCAUUGAGAAGACCUUGUCUUAG